AUGUCUCUGGUGGCGCUGGAGUUUGUGCGUGCAUCUCUGACCAAGGUGGACGAUACAGAGUUUAUCUGUCCAGAUGGAUCCUACGCUCUACAGGAAGACAUUCCCCUGGCCAUUGCUGGAGUUAUAGGAGGAUCUUAUAGCAGUGUGUCUAUACAGGUGGCCAACCUGCUGCGCCUCUUUCAGAUCCCUCAGAUCAGCUAUGCCUCCACUAGCGCCAAGCUCAGCGACAAGACACGCUAUGACUACUUUGCCCGCACGGUGCCCCCUGACUUCUACCAGGCCAAGGCCAUGGCAGAGAUCCUGCGGCUGUUCAACUGGACCUACGUGUCAACGGUGGCAUCAGAGGGAGACUACGGAGAGACGGGCAUUGAGGCCUUUGAACAGGAAGCCCGUAUGAGGAACAUCUGCAUCGCUACCUCUGAGAAGGUGGGCCGCUCUAACGCUAAGAAGUCCUACGAGGCAGUGAUCAGGCAGCUCCUCCAGAAGCCCAACGCCCGCGUGGCUGUCCUCUUCCUGCGCAGCGAUGAUGCUCGGGAACUCCUCUCUGCUGCUGCUCGACUUAACGCUACCUUCAUCUGGGUGGCCAGUGACGGCUGGGGGGCACAGGAGAGCAUUGUCAAGGGCAAUGAAGCCACAGCCAACGGGGCCAUCACCCUGGAGCUGGCGGCCAAUCCCGUGCCGGCGUUCAACCGCUACUUCCUGUCUCUGGAUCCAAUCAACAACCACCGCAACCCCUGGUACCGAGAAUUCUGGGAGCAGAAGUUCCAGUGCUCGCUUGGAGGAGGGGGUGGAGGAGUAGGAGCUGGGGCAGGAGGAGUAGGGUCAGGGGGAACAGUGUCUCUCUCUCUCCCUCCCUGUGAGAAGGGUGUGUUGGUGGAUGAUAGUAACUUUGAGCCGGAGUCCAAGAUCAUGUUUGUGGUGAAUGCGGUAUAUGCCGUGGCCCACGCCCUCGAUAAGAUGCAGAGAACACUGUGUUCCAACACCACCAAGCUCUGUGACAGCAUGAAGGCUCUGGAUGGACGUAAGCUCUACAGAGACUACCUUCUCAACAUCAGCUUCACAGCUCCCUUCUCUCCUCCCGGUAGUGAAACCGUGGUGAAGUUUGAUGCCUAUGGCGACGGAAUGGGACGCUACAACAUCUUCAGUUACCAGCACAACGCUGAUCGCUACGGAUACGUGCCCAUCGGUGAGUGGGCGGAGACUCUGAGCCUGAGCAGUGACCUGAUUCGCUGGCCAAGGGAGGUGGUGCCCCCAUCCCAGUGCAGCGACCCGUGUGCCCGCAACGAGAUGAAGAAGAUGCAGGCUGGAGAGUACUGUUGUUGGAUCUGUACGGCGUGUGAGGCUCAUGAGUACCUAGCUGAUGAGUUCACCUGUUCGCCCUGUGCCCCUGGCCAGUGGCCCAGCGAAGACCUCACUUCCUGUUACGACCUGCCUGAGGACUACAUCAUGUGGGAGGAUGCCUGGGCUAUCGGACCAAUCAGCAUCGCCGUUGUUGGGUUCCUGUGUACAUCGCUGGUGUUCUGGGUGUUUGUGAGACACAACAGCACGCCCCUGGUGAAGGCAUCAGGCAGAGAGUUAUGUUACAUUCUACUGCUGGGUGUCUUCAUGUCCUACUCCCUCACCUUCCUCUUCCUGGCCAAGCCCUCGCCUGCUAUCUGCGCCAUGCGACGCCUCGGCCUCAGCACCUCAUUCGCUGUCUGCUACUCUGCCCUGCUCACCAAGACCAAUCGGAUCGCCCGGAUCUUCAGUGGGGUGAAGGACGGGGGCGGGACCACGAAGCCGCGCUUCAUAAGCCCCACGUCCCAGGUGUUUAUCUGUCUCAGUCUGAUAUCGGUCCAGUUAGUGUUGGUGUCAGUGUGGUUGCUGCUGGAAGUUCCUGGUACCAGGAGGUUUACGUUACCGGAGCGACGGCAGACAGUGAUCCUGAAGUGUAACGUCCGUGACUCCAGCAUGCUGCUGUCGCUAGGAUACGACGUGCUCCUGGUCAUCCUGUGUACUGUGUACGCCUUCAAGACCAGGAAGUGUCCAGAGAACUUCAACGAGGCUAAGUUCAUAGGUUUCACCAUGUACACAACCUGUAUCAUCUGGCUAGCCUUCCUGCCCAUAUUCUAUGUCACAUCCAGUGACUACAGGGUCCAGACCACCACCAUGUGUAUCUCUGUCAGUCUCAGUGGCUUUGUGGUGCUGGGCUGUAUGUUUGCUCCCAAGGUCCACAUCAUCAUGUUCCAACCACAGAAGAACGUGACCAGUCUCCGCCUCAAUAUCAACCGCUUCAGUGUCAGUGGUCCUGCCACCACAUGCGCUUCACACGCAUCAGUGAGUGCCCAGUACGUACCGACAGUGUGUAAUGGGAGAGAGAUCGUCGACUCCACCACUUCCUCUCUGUGACCACACCCACUCACCUCUCCAACCCUGCCCCCCAGAGACUGUUAGCCAAUAGGCACCCAUUGUGCCCCCUGUCCCCUCCUCCCACGACGUGGACUAGCACAGUUCUGUUUCACGGCUGUAGAAAGGGUCUAAUACUACAUUGUUUUCUAGUGCUGUACAUAUAAUGGAAUCAAAAUUGUUGUAGAGAAACAAAAGAACCAAAACAACUUUGUAGGAGGAUUUUUUGAGCCUUUGUUUUGAAUAGCUUUGUUAAGACGAUGUGUACAUAUAUAACUGUGCACUGGAUUGUGAUGGGAGUGUGUAUGUGUUAAGGUUGUGAUAGGAGUGUAUGUUUGUGUUAGGGUUGUGAUAGGAGUCUGUGUGUUAGGGUUGUGAUAGGAGUGUGUGUGUGUGUGUUAGGUUUGUGAUAGGAGUGUGUGUAUGUGUGUGUGUUAGGGUUGUGAUAGGAGUGUGUGUAUGUGUGUUAGGGUUGUGAUAGGAGUGUGUGUGUGUGUGUGCGUGUGUUAGGAUUGUGAUAGGAGUAUGUGUGUCUAUUAGGGGUGGCUGAGACAGAUGUUCUGUAGGGGUAGUGGCUGAGACAGAUGUUCUGUAGGGGUAGUGGCUGAGACAGAUGUUCUGUAGGGGUAGUGGCUGAGACAGAUGUUCUGUAGGGGUAGUGGCUGAGACAGCCCCACCUGCAAUAGCCCGCAGACUGUGUACUAUUUUUUUGUAGGUCUCAUUGUAAUAACCCAGUCAGUAUGCAUUUUUAUUCAUUUGUAUGUUGUAUGUUGUAUCUGUAUAUUUGUAUAUUACUGAUGGUUGGAACAGCACAAUGUUGACAGUAUUAUGUAACUCCAGUAGGAUUCCCACAACUGUGGACUGACAGUGGAUGAAUCUCCAUGAGUUGGGCUGACGAGCCCAUAGGAAUAGAAUGGCUGGAACGGACAUAGUAUCCACAUUUCAUACAGUAUGUUGAAUCACACAUUUGCUCUCAUUGUAGCAUAUAGGGGGAAGGUAGCCUAGUGGUUAGAGGGUUGGGCCAGUGACUGAAAGGUCGCUGGUUCAACAUCUUCAGUUACCAGCACAACGCUGAUCGCUACUGUUACGUGCCCAUUUGUGAGUGGCCGGAGACUCUGAGCCUGAGCAGUGACCUGAUUUGCUGGCCAAGGGAGGUGGUGCCCCCAUCCCAGUGCAGCGACCCAUGUGCCCGCAACGAGAUGAAGAAGAUAAAGGCUGGUGAGGAACACACACACAGAGCUUUAAGCAGAUCUAGUGACAUCACUAGUAGAAGUUCUGUUCGAGUCCCGGAGCCGAAAAGGCGAAAAAUCUGUCGAUGUGCCCUUGAGCAAGGCUCUUAACCCUAAUGGCUCCUGUAAGUCGCUCUGGAUAAGAGUGUCUACUAAAAUGUAAAUGUUCAAAAUAUAGCAGUAUAGAAUAUUUAUUGAACUUUCCAAAUGAUGCACCCAAUAUGGCAGCCAGUCCAGUCAUUGUUUUCAGCGAGAAUGUCCUUUAUACUCGUUCUAAUUCUAUGGAACAGCCACUGUGUAGGAGGGUCCAAUUACCUUGGUGGCCAUAGUAACAGACGUGUGUACAACAACAUUUCUCCUUAACCAGCAUUUUUUUGCCACAAACGUUAGCAACUGUGUGACAACACAAGGUAGUUAAUUACAAGUUCAAAGUCUUAACUGCCAUUAUUGUCAGUAUUAAAGAAACAUUGCAGAUGCUAUGCCACAACCCUAAACUCACUCUGAUGUUUCGUUUAGCAUUCAGAAACAUUCAUUGAAAUCGUUCCACAAGCAGUGUUUGUCGAACAAGUGUAGUUGAACACGUCUUCCCUGCAUCCUUUAAACCAAUAGGUAGUGAGCCCUCCCUUGUCGAAGUCUUCUAUAGUCAUGUGAUGAUGUUCUAUUAAUGGCUAUGUGCCUUAGAGGGAAAUUCCACCCCAAAACGAUCUUUUGGUAUUUGUUUCAUUAGUCCAUAUAACACCCAAAUGUACAUACAGUACCAGUCAAAAGUUUGGAGACACCUACAGUACUCAUUCCAGGGUUUUUCUUUAGUUGUACUAUUUUCUACAUUGUAGAGCAAUAGUGAAGACAUCAAAACUAUGAAAUAACACAUGUGGAAUCAUGUAGUAACCAAAAAAAGUGUUAAACAAAUCAAAAUACCCUUUGCUUUGAUGACAGCUUUGCAGACUCUUGGCAUUAUCUCAACCAGCUUCACCUGGAAUACUUUUCCAACAGUCUUGGAGGAGUUCCCACAUAUGCACUUGUUGGCUGCUUUUCCUUCACUCCGCUGUCCAACUCAUCCCAAACCAUCUCAAUUGGUUUGAGGUCGGGUGAUUGUGGAGGCCAGGUCAUCUGAUGCAGCACUCCGUCACUCUCCUUCUUGGUCAAAUAGCCCUUACACAGCCUGGAGGUGUGUUGGGUCAUUGUCCUGUUGAAAAACAAAUGACAGUCCCACUAAGUGCAAACCAGAUGGGAUGGCGUAUCGCUGCAGAAUGCUGUGGUAGCCAUGAUGGUUAAGUGUGCUUUGAAUUCUAAAUAAAUCACUGACAGUGUCACCAGCAAAGCACCUCCACACCAUCACACCACCUCCUCCAUGCUUCACAGUGGGAACCACACAUGCGGAGAUCAUCCGUUCACCUACUCUGCGUCUCACAAAGACAGGGCAGUUGGAACCAAAAAUCUCAAAUUUGGAAUCCAGACCAAAGGACAGAUUUCCACCGGUCCAAUGUCCAUUGCUCAUGUUUCUUGGCCCCAGCAAGUCUCUUCUUAUUAUUGGUGUUCAUCUUCUUAUUGGUGUUUCUUUGCAGCAAUUCGACCAUGCAUGCCUGAUUCAUGCAGUCUCCUCUGAACAGUUUAUGUUGAGAUGUGUUUGUUACUCUGUGACGCAUUUAUUUGGGCUGCAAUUUCUGGAUUGAAUUGGACAAUUUCUGGAUUGUCUUUUCUCAUUGCUUAUUUGAGCUGUUCUUGCCAUAAUAUGGACUUGUUUUUUUACCAAAUUGGGCUUUCUUCUGUACACAACACAACACUGAUUUGCUAAAACACAUUAAGGAAAGAAAUUCAACAAUUGAUCUUUAACAAGGCACACCUGUUAAUUGAAUUACAGGUGACUACCUCAUGAAACUUGUUGAGAGAAUGCCAAGAGUGUGCAAAGCUGUCAUCAAGGCAAAGUGUGACUACUUUGAAGAAUCUCAAACCUCAAAUAUAUUUUGAUUUGUUUAACACUAUUUUGGUUACUACAUGAUUCCAUUGUGUUAUUUCACAGUUUUGAUGUCUUCACUAUUAUUCUACAAUGUAGAAAAUAGUAAAAAUAAAGACAAACCCUUGAAUGAGUAGGUGUGUCCAAACAGACUGGUACUGUAUAUCUUGAAAACAUGAUAUCUGCCAUGCGAAACAUUUUGGGACUACAUCAACUAUGGACUAAUGAAACAAAUUUGAAAACAUAAUUUUUGCAUAGAGUUUUCCUUUAAUGUGUGUCUGCUAGUUUAUCCAUGCUGUGCUUAUAGGCAAAGAUCUAGGAUCAGCUUACAGUCCACCAUCCCAACCUUAAUCGUUAGGGCUAAAAACUUCAAACUGACUUAGAUCAGUGUUCAUGGUUAAAGUCAUGCUGCCCCCAGUGUUAUUCUAUCCUCCCAAGUUCUCAUUGUUGAUGGAAGGUGGGAGGGAAAGCAGAUAUUCUGGAUGCUCUCAAACUUCUUAAAUAGAAUCAUCUCCUUGUCUCCUUUCCUUCAUCCCACUUUUCUGUUGUGCGAAACACAGGAAGUGUCCAGGAGAAUGAGGCCACACCCAUCUCUGCUAACAGGUUUGACAGGGGUGUGAAAACCGCUGUUAAACCCCUAAUGCAGUUCACCAGUCAAUCAUUUCCGCAAAGGCUUAGGAAUGGUGAAAAACAAAAAUAAGAGACAGUUUCUGUGAUUGAGCGUUUGUCUGUGUGUGUUUUGCAGCAGGCAGAGGAGCAGGAUUAUGUAAAAGCGUCCCACGGCCUAGAAGGCACAGCAUCAUGUUCAGCCCAGACACACACUAACACAGCCCAGAGAUUGGAAGGCUGUUGUCCUGAGGCUUAUGCAUUCACUCCCCAGCCCUGCUCCAACCAGACACUAUAACCUCCCAUCCACUCCUCUCCUUGCAUGGUACGUUGCUAUAGACAACCACUGCCACAUCCACAAUUCCUUUUGUUCUGAUGUAGUGGGAUGGGGGAUUCGAGUAUGAAGAAGAAUUAAGGAGUGGGAUGUUGAUUCAAACUCAAGUUGUCUUUAAAUGGGACUUGGCAGAAAACUCAACCAACCUACUUUCCCCCUCUCCAUCUCUCUCCCACCCUUUCUCUUUGUCUCCCUAUCUUUCUCUGUCACCCAUGGCAGUCCCCCUUCACUCUCUCAUCUUGUGAAGCUUUGCUGGUGUAUUUGUCAGAGCCAAGAUUGCUUAAGACAGGCUCUGUACGGGUCCUGAGCCCACUGCAACACAAUGCCAAGAAGGGUUCUGCGACCGCGCUCCAUCAUGUCAAGCACACACAUACAGAGCCUGACUCAAAUACACACCAAGAACAUGGGGCUGUCACAGCAGCAACCUUGAAGAGGGUGGAGAUGGAUGGAGAAGAGUUGGUGUUGCAGUCUGAUUGUGUGAGCUGUGUUCAACUCAAAGCAGUGGCAUACUGUAGAAAUCCAGAUGAGGUAUACAUCUAGUCCCUUUUAAAAUGUAUACUGUACUAGUUAGCUUGACCAACAGAUGACAGGGAUUGUAAUGUGUACAUAUGGGAAUAGGCUAGGAGUGACUGGUCAUUCACUAGCAAUGUAGAACAAUACAACAAAACAGUGAAGUUAACAGUCAGUCUUUUACCAUUAUAAGUGUCAAUGCUAAUGGUACUAACUCUGUCUAAAGGUGUCAUUAAUAAUGUUAUCAAAGUAGUUGUGUUCACUUUCACAGCGUAUUCUCACGUGGAAUGGGUCAGUGAUCUCCAGAUUCCCAAGAGAACAACCCAGAACAUUCUGGAGUCAAGGUAGAAGUUGCUCCUAUAACCUCAGAUCUAGGAUCAGAUUACACUAUCCUCAAUCCUAACCUUAACCAUUAUAGGAUGACAACGUAUCUGACCCUGGAUCAGUGGUUAGAUCUGGGGUCAACGUGAACCCUGACCUCUUUGGACUGGCCGAUCAGAAAGCAAUAGAGCUCAUCAUACGUGCAAUAACGAGGACAUGAUAAUAAACAAUAACAAAUGACA